CGAAUGACCACUAGAUGGACCCCUUGCAGACCAACACAACCUAGUGGAAUAACGCCAGUUCACCCUCAGACAGUGAUGAGUUAAACAGACUAAAAUCAGAAGUGCAGAGGAUGGUUGUGACAUGGUGUAUUGCCCUCCUCCUCUACUGGCAAGUGGUGGAUCUGAUAGAUGACGACUGCUUCCUAAAGAACGUCACCCUCCAUGUCAACGUGCGCAUAUGCAGACGCUGUAUGGCUAUCAACACCACCACCUGCAGUGGCUUCUGCCACACACAGGACACCAACAUGAAGGGCUUUGCGGGUAAGCGCUUCUUGAUCCAGCAGGGGUGCAUGCACCAGUCCGUGGAGUACCAGGCGACCAACCUGACAGGUUGCCGCGGCCACGCCGACCACGCCGACCACUUGCUCUUCUAUUACCCUGUAGCCACGCACUGCCACUGUGCCAGGUGCAACACCACCAACAUGGAGUGCAUCCACCCGCGCAGGAGACACAGAAACACCACCACUCAUUGCCCACAUCACCAUCUACAUGGAGGGCAUCCACACUAACAGGAGAAACCUUCUGCACGACACCGGCAAACCUCGACAUGACACGGCAAAAUGUCCACGAACCGACCUUGCAAUAGCCUACCUAUUAGUUUCAGCAUGUUUCAGUAGGCCUAGGCCUAUGUGGCUGAAUCGCCUAUUUAUCAAAAAUGUGUUCUGCUUUGUUUUGAUCAUGCCUCUCCUCUAAAUGACUGACAAUUAUUGGCAAUAAAAAGCUUGCACUGAG